CUGCUCCGCUGCAGCUGCUCGGCGAAUGAAUGGCAUCCUUCUCAGCAUCACGUAAACGCCGACGGGGGGGAGCGAAAGCAUCUUCCACUCGUGUUCGCCUCGGACGGAGCAGGCGGAAAACCCCACUCCGUUCAUGAUUAAUUUAUACCUUUAUCACACAGCAGGUUGCAGCACAUCUGAUCGUUUUUACGAAACGGCUCGGUGUCCGGCCGUAUGAAUAAAAAAAGAGAAUACCCCCUUUUGUCGGUGACAGAGACUCACCGUUCAAACAGCAUGCAAUAAUUCCAUUCAAUGAAGGAACCGGAGCCGGGAAAGACAGCAUGAAGUUACAAAUAUCCGGUCUUGUGUUCGCAAUGGCAGUAGCCUAUGCAACGAUAGAGGCUCCUGAAGAGUUUGUCUCACUAGCUGAGAUGGAGGACACGUUGUUGAGGAAUCUUUUUCGGGGGUAUCAGAAGUGGGUGAGACCUAUCCUUCACGCCAACGACACGAUCACCGUUCGCUUCGGUCUGAAGAUCUCGCAGCUGGUGGAUGUGGAUGAAAAGAAUCAACUAAUGACUACAAAUGUCUGGUUGUGGCAGGAGUGGACAGACUAUAAGCUGCGGUGGAAUCCAGAAGAUUAUGGUGGAAUCACAUCCAUCAGAGUGCCCUCAGAAACUAUCUGGCUGCCAGACAUCGUCCUUUAUGAGAACGCUGAUGGCCGAUUUGAGGGUUCUCUAAUGACCAAAGCCAUUGUAAGGUUUAAUGGCACCAUCAUGUGGACUCCUCCUGCCAGCUAUAAAUCCUCCUGUACCAUGGAUGUCACGUUUUUCCCUUUCGACAGACAGAACUGCUCGAUGAAGUUUGGGUCGUGGACAUACGAUGGCACUAUGGUGGACUUGACCCUGGUGGACGCAUACGUAGACCGUAAAGACUUCUUUGAUAAUGGCGAGUGGGAAAUACUCAACGCCACUGGCCAGAGAGGCAGUCGGCGGGACGGCAUUUACUCCUAUCCUUACGUCACAUAUUCAUUCAUUCUUAAACGUCUUCCUCUCUUUUACACACUCUUUCUCAUCAUCCCAUGUCUCGGUCUGUCGUUUCUCACCGUGCUGGUCUUCUACCUCCCCUCGGACGAAGGAGAAAAGCUUUCCCUCUCUACCUCUGUCCUUGUGUCUCUCACUGUGUUUCUUCUCGUCAUUGAAGAGAUCAUUCCGUCUUCCUCUAAAGUCAUUCCUCUGAUAGGAGAGUAUCUGCUCUUUAUUAUGAUCUUCGUCACGUUCUCUAUCAUAGUAACUGUUUUUGUCAUUAAUGUCCAUCAUCGCUCUUCUGCCACAUACCAUCCCAUGGCACCGUGGGUUAAGAGUCUUUUCCUCCAGAGAUUACCCAGACUGCUCUGCAUGAGGGGACACACUGAUCGUUAUCAGUACCCAGACAUCGAGCUGCGGAGCCCAGAGCCAAAAAGAGGGAUGAAAAGAGGGCAACAAAAGAGUGCUGGAGGAGGACGAGGGGGGUUAAAGGAAGAUGAGAACCAGGCUUGGAUUGCCCUGUUGGAGAAAGCCACUUACUCAGUGCACUACAUUUCCAGACACAUCAAGAAGGAACACUUCAUCAGAGAGGUUGUUCAGGACUGGAAGUUUGUGGCUCAGGUGUUGGACCGGAUCUUCCUCUGGGUCUUUCUCACGGUUUCUGUGCUUGGGACCAUCCUCAUCUUCACCCCAGCUCUGCAGAUGUACCUCAGCACAUCUUAGAGAUUUCAGCCAACAGAAUCUCUUAUGACAUUCCUAUGACCUCUGAAAUAUGUGUAGUUCCCACAACAUUACAGUAAUCCCUCUUCUGGCCUAACCACAUCUGUAAUCCCCUCCGAAUUCAGCCUCUAUCUCUCCUUCCUAGACGCUGUGUUCAAUAGUCAGAAUGAAAAUGGAAAAACUCAGCUAAAAUGAAGUUCUGGAAUUUUCUGCCCUUUUAACGCAAAACUAAAAGGCGGCUUAUACAGUUGAGGGAGUUUGGAUCUGUGUAAUCUCUCUAAGGGGAUCAUGGUUUUAAAGAUCUUCAGUAAGUUGGCAUUACUGUGUAAAAGGUAUAACCACCUUUUUAUGCCUCUCAUUUAGCUUUCGGCCAUUUUUUUUUUAUUUAGAUCAGGUUAAAAUGUGUCAUUGUCCAUGUAAAUACCAUUUUACUUUAUGAUUUUAUGAUUCUGCUUACUAGGUAGCAAACCUAUUAAAAAACUGUCUGUUUGCAGUAAAUGUAAAAAAAACAUAUCACUGUCCAGAUGAAUAAAAUUGUUAAUUCAUUUUAUUAAUAAUGUAGCGUUAUUUCUGUAAGUCUGGAUGACGAUCAGUUAUAAUAGUAUCUCUUAUUAGCACAGGUGACAUUUACUGUACAGUCUAUCAUCUGUUUUUAAAAUACUGUUAAAUGAAGUAGGGUCAUGCCUUGGAUGAUAUUAUGCAUAUGUAAAUUUUAUGCAGAUGAGACCAUGCAUAAUACAAAGCGCAUGCGUAUGUGUCUACAACUGGAAUUUAUAAAUAAAACUCUGCAAGAUUUCGGGCUCAUAUAUCGUUUUAUAAAUCUGCUAUUUAUGCCCAUGCAUAUUUUUAGCAAUGUCAAGCAUCUUUACCCCUAAACCCUUGAAGAUACUGUAGCUGAUUUAAAAGGAGAGGGGAACCGAUCACGACUUGUCUUGGCACCAUUAGCAAGGACUGUAUUACGACAAGGGUCUUUAUGACAAUUAUACAAAUAAAGUUUUUAGCGAUC